AUGAAAUUUAUGGUCAGAAAAGAGUGUCUCAAUCGCUCAAGACUUGGAUCACUUCUCUUCGAUGCUCUUCAUAACGAGACUAACGUUAAGACAACCGCUGAAUAUCCGACACCACUAUGUCUUCAGUACACAAUGAAUGGAUCGGUUCCGCACAUUGUGUCCGAUCUGUUGGAUCAGCUCAACGACGACAACAGUCCGUUUCUUAUACCACUUCCGACCACUUAUCUCAUGAAUGAGUCCUUACGUCAGUUUAACUCCGCCUUCAAUGGCGUGAAGUCAGGAAUCGUUGACUUUGCGGGCCUUAAGAAGUGGAGGCCAUCUAUUGUCUCAGUUUAUGAUCCAUUACUUGCCAUAAAUGGCGGACACAAUACAGUGGAAGGAAUCGGUGUCUUUUGUCGCGGAGGCAAACAAACUGUUAACUCAUCCAAACUGAUAGAUGUGGUGACAAACUUCAAACCCGAUGCCUAUCAGGCCAUCUGCGACAGUGACACCCCUUCUAACGCUUCCAAUAAACGCGGACUCAAUCCAAGGGCCAGAACUAAAUCAGCUAAAGAGUCGGCCGCUAAGACUUUGGUCGAUGGCUUCGUAAUCGACGGUUUUCAUGCAUACGGCUCUCAAAGCGACACUCAAUUGGAUUUUGUUUCCGUGAAACCAAUUCUUCACGAAAUAAUGGAAAUUUUGCCGAAAGACAAACCAAAGAUACUGUUGGGCGCGCUCUCACCCAAACUCAUCAUUAAACUCAUUGACAGUGGAAUCGAUGUCUUUGACUCGUCUUACGCUUCGGUAAUGACUGAGAAGGGAUUCGCUUUACAAGAGGUGAUAGACGUGAAUGGCUUAAAAGUGAAGGAAAAUUCAUUGGAUUUAAACAGUAAACAAUUCAAAGAGGACUUUGGAGUAAUUGAGACCCACUGUCAGUGCUAUACGUGUGUUAACGGCUUCUCCAGAGCUUAUAUCAACCAUUUAUUGAAUGCGUCCGAAAUGUUGGCCAAAGUGUUGCUUAUGUUUCAUAAUUUACAUACUUUUUACCAUUUCUUCGCUCAAAUCAGACGGCUAUUAGACGAAGACUCCUUUCAACAGUUAUUGCGUUAA